GCGAGGCUGUUUGGUGCGUUGGAUCAGAUCUACCACGUUUUGAGAGAGGCUGGGGUUGGAGCCAUGGAUACUGGUGGUUUCUUUCUGGGCGGCGUUGAUAGUAGUGGCACCGGAGAUGUGAAAGCCAGAAGUGGAGGGGCUGGGAAUAUUUCCUAAAUCCUGGAAGUACCUGGACGUCCUCUUUAAGAGGCACCUGGGGCCUCCCAAGGCUGAGUCUUCAGCAAAGUUGAUUGUUGCAACCACCAGUUUAAAACAGCAUGCUUGUGCUUCUCUCCCUUGCAGGAUGAAGACAUUGUUUGAGGAGAUCAAAGCAUCCAUUAAGAAUAAUAACGACCAGGACCGCUCGUUCUGGAGGCCCGUGCUCCCCUGGGGAGGGGUGUUUACCAUCAAAGCUGGCCGCAAAGCGGUAUCUUGCAUGCCACUUUAUGUCGAGAUACAUCUGAAAAACACAUGCACUAUUGACGGAUUCUUGAUGCUGUUGUACGUCAUCCUGCACGAAAAUGAGCACUUCCCCAGGGAGCUCUCCCUUCAUUUGGGCAGAGAGUUUGUAGACUGUUUUCUUUACUUAAUGGACUCCUACAAUUUUACAACUGUAAAGCUGCUUUGGAUUUGGGACAAGAUGGAGAAACAACAGUACAAAUCUGAAGUUCACAAGGCCUCGCUGGAGAUCGACUUGUUUGGCAACGAGCACGACAACUUCACGAAAAACCUGGAAACGCUCAUGUCCACCAUUCAGGAGAGCUACUGCUCCAACUGGAGGUGUCCUACACGCACGCAGGAAGAUCAGCAGAAAACGAUUAACAUCAACCCUCCCCAAGAGAUUCCACAUGGAGACUUGAUUCAGCUGGCAGUAGAUGAAUUAUUCUGUUCCAAGAUAGAGCUGUGUGAGCAGUAUGGAUGCAGUGGGUUGAGAGAGUUCACCCAGAGAAUCUUCUGCCACGGGGCACCUCCCUUUGUUGUCUUAAAUAUGCAGCAGUGGAAGUCUGAAGACUUGACAUAUGUCCCGUAUCACCUGGCCUUAUCCGACCACAAGUAUUUACUGGAAGGUGCCACACUGUUUAAUAAAGAGGAGCACCAUUAUUCUGCGGCCUUCCAGAUAGACGGGUAUUGGAUGCACUAUGAUGGUCUCAGAAGUGUCAACUUAAUUUUUUUAAAUAAACCCCCAGAAUUUCUUCUUUUGUCAUCUCUAGUUUAUAUUAGAGCGGCAGAGAAAUAAAGGACACUUAGCCGAGUUUCACACAGUUAAAUCAUUGCCACCCACCAAAUGGAGGUCUAUAUUUUUAUAUGUACUUGGUAUCCAAGAAAAGAGUAGAACUAUAGUAGUUUUGGUAUUGUAUUACCCAGUACUUUUGCAACAGAAAAAAAAUUUAAAUUGGGAACACUAUGCAAAAUACCUGUAUUUUUUUAAUGUUGCUCCAUUUAUUUUUAUACAGGUAGAUUUUACGUUAAAAUAAAAAAAGA